GCAGACGGAAAAAGGGAAGUGGAGCGCUGACGUGUACGCAUGCGUAUAGUGAGCAUCAGUCGACAUGGCAGCGCAGACGUUUCAACAGGAGUACAUGCAAAUGCCCCCAGUUACUCGGGCAUACACAACAGCUUGUGUGUUAACGACCCUAGCCGUACAACUUGACAUCAUCACACCAUUUCAAAUUUACUUUAAUCCAGAACUUAUAUUUCGUCAUUACCAGGUAUGGCGAUUGGUAACCAACUUCCUGUAUUUUGGGCCCAUAGGUUUCAACUUUCUGUUCAACAUGAUCUUUGCCUACAGAUACUGCCGAAUGCUAGAGGAAGGCUCUUUUCGUGGUCGGACAGCAGAUUUCUUUUUUAUGUUUGUCUUUGGUGGAUGUUUAAUGAUCCUGCUGGCUCUGUUUGUGAACUUGGUGUUCCUAGGCAGUGCAUUUACAAUCAUGCUAGUCUACAUUUGGAGUCGACGAAAUCCAUAUGUGCGGAUGAAUUUCUUUGGACUCAUGACUUUCCAGGCACCUUACCUACCGUGGGUUUUGUUAGGAUUUUCUCUUCUGUUGGGUAAUUCCAUCAUUGUAGACCUUAUGGGUAUUGCUAUUGGGCACAUAUACUACUUCUUUGAGGAUGUGUUUCCACAGCAGCCAGGAGGCUUUAGAGUUCUAAAAACACCAGCAUUUUUGAAGUACUUAUUUGAUAGUCAUGGAGAUCCAGAUUACAAUCCACUACCAGAAGAUCGGCCUGGAGGCUUUGCUUGGGGUCAGGGUCAACAGCUGGGAAGAGAAGAACCCCAAAACUGAAAGGUCUCACUACUGAUUCUGCUGGCUGAAUACUCUAUUCUCUGCCUGCGAAAUACUUCGUGAAAUCUCUCGACAGCUAUUACGUUGCACUUAAAAGUCUUUUCCCGCUGUUGAAUGUACGACAGUAAUUUUCUUCUUACUAUACUGACCCUAUUGAACUGCACAAUAUUGACUCACUUGCUGGGGUUUGAUAAGUUUGGUCUGGAAUUAAAAUAUUACAUUUUCUUAAUAUUGAUUUUGACAGAGAAAGAUAUUGGAGUGAGAACAUUCAUGCAAUAUAUGUGUUUAUGAUUGUGUACAGCUGCAUCUAUGCAUCAUUUAAUUUGGCUGCAUGAAAAAGACCAAUUAGUGCUGCAAGUUGAUGUGAAGGAAAGAAAGAGCAAAACUGCAAGUUAUGUUACAGUUUUGGGUUGCAGUGGCAGUGGUUACCUGCUGGCAUUUCUUGUGUUUCUGUUGACUGUCCCUGCCAUUUGCCCAGGACUUGGCACACUUUGGGCAAGUCAAAGGUUUUAAAAGUAUAUUGCUGUAUGUGGUCUUCUGUAUUUUGGAAACAUACAAGAAGAAAAUAUGCUUAUUUUUUAAACAUUCAGCUGGAAAGAUAUUUAUAGUUGAUUGCAUUUAAAGUGCAUGGUGAGCGAUGAAUGUGUAUGUACGUGUGGGGGGUGGGGGGUUGAGGAAAUGUGUGUGUACAUUAGUACCAAGUUCUUCAAAUGGCUGUAAUAAGACAAUAAAGUUCAUCUUAAUGAUGAACAGUGAUUUUAGAAAA